AUGGUUACAUCCAAACCCACUUACUUCCUCGCACCACGGCGUCCAAGCCCACCAGAUGGACCCAUACGCCUGGGGGCCAUCAUACCCUCACCAACUCAACCCGACGAGCCGCUAUAUCUACCUCCGCCACCUCCAAAGUCUGAUACCAGCAAGUUUACAGAAUACAACUGGAGUGGCUCACACGCCAAACAGUCAUCAUCUCACUUCGGUGUCUGGACGUCCUUUCUAGAAUGCGUCCUUGGAAUUGGUGCAGAUGUCAGUGUGGGCUUGGACAAAUCUCACCACCAAAGCUGGAAAGUGGAUACAAUGACGACGCAGUCAUUUUUACCCAGUCGCACUUUUCUGGAACAAGUGGUGGGCCAUGAAGACGUGAGGAGGUAUAUCACUGAAAACCGUUUUCGCGAGAAGGUCUACAUUAUCACCGGUGUUAUGAUCGCGUCGUCGGCAGAUAUUUCAAGCCAGAGACUCCAGGAGAAAGGACUUUACGUUCAUGCUGGUGUUGAUGCGGCGGCGUGGGCUGGUGUACCCAGUGGCCUUUCGUUCGGUCCAGAAGGGAAUUGGAAACGCAAAGCUGAGACCAAGGAAUCGAGUCGAACAGCAGAUGACUUCGUCUUUGCGUACAGGAUUCGUGAGAUCAAGGUACGAAGGAAAGGCGGAGUCAAGUCGGAUAAGCUGUAUGACAAGGGUGCCUUGUUCGAUACUGAGGUCAAGAGGAAGGCGGAGGAAAAGUACGAGGUAGAAGUCGAUGGCUUAGGUGAAGAGCCAGAUGUUGAUGAUGUUGAUCUAGAAAAUAUGGAGGUGAGGCAGACGAUUGGAGAUGAUAUGGAUGAGGAAGUUGUUUGUGUCUUGCCAGAACCUCUCGAUUGA